AUGGAAUGGUAUAAAAUCAAAUCUGAAAAAGAACGAGAUUUACUAGUGGUCGAUAAUUUUAUUCAUCGCAUUGAUAGAAUACGGGACACAACUGAAUAUUAUAAAUGUAUUCAAAAUUGCGGCGGUAGUGCUAUUUUAAAAAACAAUACUGAUGUUGUAUUGUCGAAAAAACACGAUCACCUAACACAUGGAGUUGAGUUAGCGAAUCGUGGUUUUAGAAAUAAACUGAAAGAGGAAAUUUCGAAUAAUCCAACAAAACCAGUACCUAAAGCAUUUAAAGAAAUAAGGAGAUCUGUAAUUACUUCAGGAAUACAAUGUGCUACAAACUCUGAAAUUGUAGAUGCUAUUCCAGUAUUUACUAGCAUAAAAAGUUCCGGUUACAGAAAAAAAAUGAAAAUGAUUCCCCCUUUACCGUCGAAAUUAUGCGAUUUAACGAUUGAAGGUGACUGGCGUUCUACAAACGAUGGGAUAGAUUUUUUAUUAGGUUCAGAAGGAAAUGAUGAUAAAAUAAUUAUAUUUGGAACAGAAGGAUUUUUAAAACGACUUUGUAGCAGUGAAAUUGUUUUCAUGGAUGGUACAUUUAAAUCUGCCCCAAAAUUAUUUAUGCAAAUAUACACAUUACACUGUUUUGUAAUGGGUGUUAUGGUGCCAAUGGUUUAUGCUCUUUUAUCAAAUAAAAGCACUAAUACCUAUACGAGGAUGUUUAAUAUAAUUAAAGAAGCUGCUUUGAGAAAUGAUUUGGCUUUCAAGCCCAAAACAUUUCAAAUCGAUUUUGAAAUAAGAAUGAUUGUUGCUAUACGAGAUUCAUUUGGAUAUAACAUAGAAAUAAAAGGAUGCCUUUUUCAUUUUGGGCAAUCUAUAUGGCGUCAAGUACAAAAAGUUGGUUUAGUGCACGAUUAUACAUACAACGAUGAAGUAAAAAAAACUGUUCGGAGAAUAUGUGCCUUAGCUCUGGUGCCUAUCGAUGAAAUAGAUGAGUGUUGGUCAAUUAUUCAUGCUGAAGCACCAGUUAAUGAAAACGUUAUAAAAAUUAUGGACUAUUUUGUGGAUACAUAUUUGAAUAGUGAUGCAUGCAUGUUUGACCGGAAAAUAUGGAAUCAUUUCAACACCGAUAGGACACGGACAACUAACCACCUAGAAGGUUGGCAUGCAGCUUUAAACCGGAGUAUAAGUCGACCAAAGCCGAACAUAUUUGUGUUGAUAACUGAAAUAAAAAAUCAACAACAAAAUUUUGAAAUUGAUCUACAAGCCCAAAAAAAUGGUAAUCCAAAACCACUAACUAAAAUGAAAUUUCGAAAGCUUGAAGAAAGAUUAAAAAAUGCAAAGGAUAGGUAA